AUGAGAUAGAAAGGAAGUCAAUAAUUUAUUUUAAACAAAUAAGAAUAUAUGGUAUCAUCUCAGCAGAUGGACAGUAGAUCAAUUUCAGAGUAUUAGAAUGUCUAAAGGGAAUCUUAGAGUGAUUUAAAAAUUACUUAAUGUCCCAAAAUAGUUAAAUAAAAGGGGAAAAAGUACAUGAAGAUUAGAUUCAACACAAAGCAAUAACUCUAUAGUAUGGUACAAAGAUAGGGGAUGAAAAUAAAAGAUGUAUAUUAUAAAAGUUGAUGAGAUGUUUAGGCAGCCCAAAUAUUAGGUAUCAAAUACGCAACUGCAAAGACUAUAAUAUUUCACUAAAGAUAGAAGAGGAAAGCAAAAAAGAAAUGUGGUGAGAGAAUGUGUGGAUACACUAAAAUAGUUGGAAUUAGAGUUUCACGAUUGAAAAUAAUUUGCAUAAUUGCAAAUGAGAUUGUGCAUUAAUAAGAUUACAAUUUGUGA